AUGUCCCUACAAACCUCAAAUUUAAAAACGUCACAAAUUCCCUUGUCUCAGAUAAGAAGGCCUAUUCCACCAGUUCUGGAUCAUGCAAAGAUUGAAUCCAUGGUGUCUACCAUGAAGGGAAUUCCGAUGUCAAGUAUGACGUGUUCUUUACAAGAUUCAAUCAAUUGUAAUGGUCAAUUACCUCCAAUAGAUGUAAUGCAAAUCAAGGAAAAUGAUAAUUUGUACUACUUUGCAUUCGGUGGUUGUCACAGAUUCCAAGCGUACGACAAAAUAGCAAUGGAAACAAAUAACCCUGAUAUCCUAGUAAAUUGUAAAUUAAUACCAUCCACAAGAAACCAACUCAGAUUAUAUCUUGGCCAAAGUGUCGAUACUUUAUUAGGCAAUUGA